AUGGCGGAGCGGACUGUCUUACGCAAGGAUCAGCUGGAGAUCAGCUUAGUCAACGAGAAGAGGCUGAUCAAGGAAGGCUAUAUCAAGGAUGACAAUCCGCUGGAUCUUAGUGAGCCAUUCCGUGAACUCUGCAGUGCAUGCCGUAAGGGCGAUCUGGUUGUCUGUCAGACAAAAAUCACCGAGGGAGUCAAUGUCAACGCUCGUGACCCGUACGAUUAUACGCCUCUGAUUCUGGCGAGUCUCUGCGGACACUAUGAGGUUGCACGGCUAUUGCUGGAGUCAGGUGCGCUUUGUGAGCGGGAUACAUUCCAGGGUGAAAGAUGUCUAUACAAUGCCUUGAAUGACCGUAUACGAAACCUUCUGCUCGAAUAUGACUAUUCCAAAUCUACGGACCCCCUCCAGCCUCUCGCGGCCCAUCUGUCCUCCCUCCUCACUCGCGACUGUCCCGUAACGGCUGAUAUUGAGGUGACCGCUGGCGACGAGUCUCUCUCCCUACACAAGUUCGUCUUAGCCGCCCGCUCUCCAUACUUCCGUGGAAAGCUGUUGGAUGCACCCGAAACCGCAGUAUGGAAACUUCCCAAUACUAUUGCCCCGGAGGCAUUCAGCGCUGCGAUCAAAUAUCUAUACCUGGGUGAACCCCCUCGGGAAUUGCGCGCGGGGCCUGGAACAGGUUUUACCGAGUCUGAGGUGUUCGCAGGAAUCGAUAAGAUUGCUAAGUACUUGGAGAUUUCUAGUCUCAUGGACAGCAUCAUGGAUAGCGGAGACAGAAGACGUGCAAGGCAACGGAGAACUACGGAGCUAGCGAGAGGGCGAGAUCAGCUGGAGUAUUGGUUCCGUGAGAAUGUUCUCAAACAUAAGGUGGUCAUCGAGACGUCGAAAGUUGACAAAGUUAAAUGGGAUCACAACAACUCCAUCUUUGCCGAUGUAUUGCUUCGAUCUGAUGAACUUCCGGAAGAGGCCGAGGAGGCCGGCGAGGUCCAGAAAUCCACCCUGUUCCCUGUUCACCGGGCGAUGCUCCUGCGCUCAGAAUUCUUCCAGGCCAUGUUCAUGUCCUCUUUCCGCGAAGCGCAUAUGACAGAUAAUUUGCACAUUAUCGAUGUGGACUGCUCACCCGAUGUAUUAGAGAUAAUCCUGACAUUCUUGUACACCGAACGGGCCGAUUUCUCCUUGGAGGUCGCUGUCGACGUCCUUUUCGCGGCAGACAUGCUCUUCAUCGAGAAAUUGAAGACUAAAGCAGCAGUUGUGAUCAGUACUCUCGGCAGUGGAGUGUCUCAAGCCGACGCGGCGAAGACCCGCGGCCAAGACGAGGAUGACAUCGAUAUAUACGCGAUUAUGCGUGCUGCCUGGUUGACACGAGUCCAGCGACUGGAAGAAUUUGCAGCACGAUUCCUCGCAUACCGACUCGAAGCUCACAUCGAUUUGCCUGAGUUUGCAGAGCUCAUACAAGAGUCGGCGAAUCGUAUUCAGGCUCGACAGGAGACCGAUUCUAUUGAAUUGCUGGACGAUAUUCGAUUCUAUCUUAAUGAACGGUUCAGGUUGAGAUUCGAUGAUGCUGGUAUAGACGGGUUGAUGGAUGAGCAGGUGCCUCUACCGAAUGGGGAAGAGGCUCAGUCUGAAGAUGUGGCGAAGAUCACGGACGGUGUCGAGACCCUGGCUGUCUCUAAGCCAAGCGGCGUCACAGCCCCUGGUCGCGAAAUCCGGACCCUUGAUGGUGCUGUUGUUGAAGAUGAAUUCUCGGAAGACGCCAUGAAUUAUGAGAUUUUGAUGGGGAAGUUGGAAGCUCUGCUCGAGAAACUGAACCUGGACGCCUAA